AUGCUGACUUUCAAGAUUCGGAAGCCGCCAAACAACGUGACACUCACGAAGCGAGCCUUCCUAAGCAUCAUCUCUAGCGUCUACGACCCGUUGGGGCUGGUUGCACCAGUUAUCUUCGUGAUGAAGUCUUUACUCCAAGACAUCUGGACCAACGAAGAACGGAUCGGUUGGGAUGACGUCGUACCGGAAACAUUGAGUCAACGUUUCUAUUACUGGUACGAUCAUCUGGAAAAUUUGGAGUCGCUCUCAGUACCGAGAUGCUUCCGUUUCAAACGAGGACGAUGGACUCAACAGUGCCUCCACGUCUUCACGGAUGCAAGCUCCAAGGGAUUUGGAGCAGUAGCCUACUUCCGCACUGUAUUUGAAGACCAUUCCGUCAACGUGUCAUUCGUCAUGUCGAAAACGCACGUCACACCGGUAAAAGGUCUCACGAUUCCCCAUUUGGAGUUACAGGCGGCAGUAGAAGGCCUCAACAUUGCUCUCGCGAUUUGUCGUGAACUAGAAAUUGAUUUGAGGCAAGUAACCUUCCACACAGACUCGCAAACAGUGCUUCGGUGGAUCCACUCGAAGACAUGCCCAUUUGAAGUCUUCGUCAACAACCGUAUCGGAAAAAUACUCCGAAACACGGGUCGUCGACAAUGGCGUCACGUUGCGGGAGACUUAAACCCAGCGGAUCUCUGCAGCAGGGACCCCUCGCAAUGGUACACCUGGGAAGAAAUUACGGAGCCGGAAGAACGGGAUGUAAACGUGAUCCGCAUCCUAGCAGUAAAAACUGAAAAUGAGAACCAUGCCAUCGACCGAUGCGUUGCACGUUUUUCCAGCUUGGUGAAAAUUCAACGGGUGCUGGCCUGGAGUACAAGAUUUGCCAACAACGCCAGAGCAAAACUUCGUGAUGAAAAACCGAUGGUCGGAGAGCUGAAAGUAGAAGAAAUGCCCUUCCUGGAUGAAGUCGGACAGAUGCGAAUUGGCGGACGUAUACUUCAAGCGCCAAUCGAUUAUGCAGCCAAACACCCCAUUAUUCUACCAGCAUCUCAGCCGUUAACGAAAAGGAUAAUUUGGGAUCACCACGUUAGAAACAUGCACGUCAAGACAGAGAGAUGGCUGAUAGACCUACGUUCUCGCUACUGGGUACUUUCUGGACGCAAAGUGGCAAAAUCUGUGCUCAACAACUGCUGGUCUUGCAAGCGCACGUCGGCGAAGCCCAGCCCGCCGUUAAUGGCUUCCCUUCCAGUACAUCGUCUAACGCCUCACCUGCCCGCGUUCACGUACACAGGGAUUGAUUACUUUGGACCCUUGACGGUACGAGUUGGUGGACGGGGACGAAGACAUGAAAAACGUUGGAUCAGCCUAUUUGCGUGCUUCACUACACGAGCAGUACACCUGGAAGUGGCCAACGGGCUCAGUAUGGAGGAGUUUUUACUCUGCUUCUCCCGUUUUGUUAGCCUACGUGGAAAACCGAAGGUCGUUUACAGCGACAAUGGGACAAACUUUGUUGCCGCCGAGCAAGAGUUGAGACAAGCCUUAGAAGAACUUGUUGCUAAGCACCAAGAGCUUCACACCGUGAUGGCUUGCCAACAGAUUGAGUGGCACUUCUCUCCACCCCAUGGACCCCACUUCGGCGGUGUUUGGGAAAGGAUCGUACAAUCCUGCAAGCGGGCAAUGAAGACCAGUAUCGGGAACUGCCUAGUUACGGACCAAGUCUUACGAACCGUAAUCGCUGAAGUGGCAGCUUUGUUGAACGCCCGUCCGUUAACCCAUCUGAGCGUGGACCCAGAAGACCCGGACCCGUUAACGCCAAAGCACUUUUUGUACGGUGGAGCUCGGCCAUAUUUACCUCUACAACUGGCCGACGUGGAAGACAUGAACGUAACAAACAAACAGUAUCUGCAAAGCCAAGCCAUACUCCAACAUUUUUGGAAUAGAUGGCUAUGUGAAUACGUUCCCCACUUAACUGAGAGAAGAAAGUGGCAAGAAAAUAGGCCUAACGUCACCGUAGGGGAUCUAGUACUUGUAAUCGAACCCAAUACUUUGCGUGGGCAGUGGCCGUUGGGUAAAGUGUUGGAAGUUAUUCCCAGUGCAACGGAUAAUGUUGUUCGAGUGGUAAAAGUACAACUUACCAAUCAUCCAAAACCAUGUAUUCGGCCGGUGGCCAAAUUAUGUAUCAUGGUCCCAGCCAACGAACAAGAAGUUUACGCAAAAGAAGAAAAAAUGGAACUUUCAACAGCGUAA